UUCGUAACGAGGUCCCUGGCGCGGUUUCCCUUUGCUCUCCCUCUGCGGGCCCCGGCCGUACUUCAGCAGUGUCUAGAGCGUGGUCUGUUCUCAUCUACCUGCCUCAUUUUCUGAAGAGGUACCUGUGGUUGGCCUAAUAGUUGGCUGUCGAAAGUGCCGGCCCCCGCGCCGGCGCCGGCUGCAGCCGGGUGGGAAGGCUCAAGAUGGCGUGCCUGUUGGAGACCCCAAUCCGCAUGAGCGUCCUCUCGGAAGUAACAGCUAGCAGUCGCCACUAUGUUGACAGGCUAUUUGACCCUGAUCCCCAGAAAGUUCUACAAGGUGUCAUAGAUAUGAAAAAUGCUGUAAUUGGAAACAACAAGCAGAAAGCCAACCUCAUUGUUUUGGGAGCUGUUCCAAGAUUAUUAUACUUGCUUCAGCAAGAAACUUCAAGCACAGAGUUGAAAACUGAAUGUGCAGUGGUAUUGGGAAGUCUUGCUAUGGGUACUGAAAACAAUGUUAAGUCUCUACUAGAUUGCCAUAUUAUCCCUGCCUUACUACAAGGACUACUGUCCCCAGACCUGAAGUUCAUUGAAGCUUGUCUCCGAUGCCUGCGCACCAUCUUCACCAGUCCCGUGACUCCAGAGGAACUACUGUAUACAGAUGCCACGGUGAUACCGCAUCUCAUGGCACUGCUCAGCAGGUCCCGCUACACCCAGGAGUACAUCUGUCAGAUCUUCUCACACUGCUGUAAAGGUCCAGAUCAUCAAACAAUUUUAUUUAACCAUGGUGCAGUUCAGAAUAUUGCUCACCUACUAACCUCAGCAUCUUACAAAGUUCGAAUGCAAGCACUGAAAUGCUUCUCAGUUUUAGCUUUUGAAAACCCCCAGGUAUCGAUGACCCUGGUAAAUGUUUUGGUUGAUGGAGAAUUGUUACCACAAAUUUUUGUGAAGAUGUUACAGAGGGAUAAGCCUAUUGAGAUGCAGCUCACCUCAGCAAAAUGUUUAACAUACAUGUGUAGAGCUGGAGCAAUUCGGACAGAUGACAACUGUAUUGUAUUAAAGACAUUGCCUUGUUUGGUUCGAAUGUGCAGUAAGGAGAGGUUACUAGAGGAGAGAGUUGAAGGAGCUGAGACACUCGCCUAUCUGAUCGAACCAGACGUUGAGCUCCAGAGAAUCGCUAGCAUUACUGAUCACCUCAUUGCCAUGCUUGCGGACUAUUUCAAGUAUCCCAGCUCAGUGAGUGCCAUCACUGAUAUUAAAAGGCUUGAUCAUGACUUAAAGCAUGCUCAUGAACUUCGACAGGCUGCAUUCAAGCUCUAUGCCUCUCUUGGAGCAAACGAUGAAGACAUCCGGAAGAAGAUCAUUGAGACUGAAAAUAUGAUGGACCGAAUUGUGACUGGCUUGUCUGAGUCUAGUGUCAAGGUGCGGUUAGCUGCCGUCAGAUGUUUGCACAGUUUAUCUAGAUCUGUGCAGCAGCUUCGAACCAGUUUCCAGGAUCACGCUGUGUGGAAACCUUUAAUGAAGGUUUUACAAAAUGCACCAGAUGAAAUCCUAGUAGUAGCAUCUUCCAUGCUAUGUAAUCUUCUUCUUGAAUUUUCUCCAAGCAAAGAGCCAAUUCUAGAAUCAGGAGCUGUAGAGCUACUUUGUGGAUUAACCCAAAGUGAAAAUCCCGCUUUACGAGUGAAUGGAAUUUGGGCUUUAAUGAAUAUGGCAUUUCAGGCUGAACAAAAAAUAAAAGCAGAUAUUUUACGAAGCUUGAGUACUGAACAGCUAUUCCGGUUAUUAUCAGAUUCAGAUUUGAAUGUGCUGAUGAAGACAUUGGGACUUCUUAGAAAUCUCCUCUCUACCCGCCCUCACAUAGACAAAAUAAUGAGUACUCAUGGAAAGCAAAUUAUGCAAGCCGUCACCCUUAUUUUGGAAGGAGAGCAUAACAUUGAGGUCAAAGAGCAGACACUCUGCAUCCUAGCCAACAUAGCAGACGGGACAACGGCAAAAGAACUUAUUAUGACCAAUGAUGACAUCCUGCAGAAAAUCAAGUAUUACAUGGGUCAUUCACAUGUCAAAUUGCAGCUGGCCGCUAUGUUUUGUAUAUCAAACCUCAUAUGGAAUGAAGAGGAAGGUUCACAGGAACGCCAGGAUAAAUUACGAGACAUGGGCAUCGUAGAUAUUCUACACAAACUCAGUCAGUCACCAGAUUCAAACCUUUGUGACAAGGCAAAGAUGGCACUGCAGCAGUACCUGGCGUGAUGAGCGCACCCUGGGCACCUGCGAGCAUCCCACAUCCUUGUUAAAGGAAGUACAGGAACUAGCCUCAUUUGAUUCCUUCUAUUUGCACAAGUCACCUUGGACUGCAGGGAGCUGUUUUGCAAAAGCAAUUUGGUAGGCUUAGAUCUCAAAUUCAUCUUGAGAACAUUUUUUUGAGGUAGUCAUUUCCUCAGAGGACUAUUGUGUUUUGUCAUGUUUCUUUCUGAGCUACCUGGACUCUUUAUUAGAACAAUCAAUUAUUUUCCUUUGGACCUACAAUUUUUUGCCUAUGCUGCAGCCACUUUGUGAGUGAGAAGGGAUAUGUGUCUGUGCACACAGGUGCGUGUGUGCAUGGUGUGCAAGUGGGUCAGAAUGAAUGGGUGUGUGUGUGUGUGUGUGAGGGAUACCUCAAAGUUUUCUUUUCUUAUUUUGUGUGAAAAUCUCUUUUCUACAGAUUUUCCAGGGUUUAAGCAUUGCUUGCUGUAUAAAAAAACUUUACUGAAUUAUAUACAGUUUGAAUGAAAUGUUAUUUUAAAAACAAAACAAUUGUUAAGUGUUCCAUAAAGGUUAUGUUGAAUUUUGGUCAGAUGAAUAUUUGUAAGUAAAAAAUAUAUGCAUUUCUGAACCUCAACUUACAUAGAUUUUCUUUAUAAAAAACAAAAGACUAAAAAAAGAAAAAAAGAAAAAAAAACUGAAAAAACAAAAAAAGAAAAGGUUGGCUAUAGUUGGCCUGAAUAACAGGCACGAAAUAUGGUGCUGUGCAAAAUAGUAAGCUAGCAUCUUACUGCCAUCAAUAUCAGCAGGUACCGAGCCUCUUUUCAGCCUAAUUCAAUAAGCUCUCAGGCUUCCAAGUCAGGACAGGGUGGAGUGGAGAGAGGCGACAGAUACACCAUAGGGUUUUUUUUGAAACAUCAAAGGGAAAUAUAACUACUGAUAGUGAAAGCCCAGCCAUGACUGUGAUGGGCUACACUUGGCAGGAACUGGGCACCAAGAGCCUCCUAACCGCCCUAAAUCCUGUCACUGGUGUACCAAUACAUGGCAGGAUUUAGAAUCAGUCAUGGGACCUUCUGCUCCAACUAAAGUAGGUCAUCACUUCCUGGAAACAAAGUCUGAUCACCUUGUGCUUCCUGAAACAGCAUAUAUCACUGUGAAACUAAAGAAUGUUCUAUGGACACAUCUAUAGGAAGAAGCAAAGAACAGAAUAGUUUAGAAAGCUUUUUUCUCUUGGCGAUACUCAGCAAAUUCUGUAUACUUGUCACUCAGGACCGCUAUUCAGUGUCUCAUUUUGUAAAAUGAGAUGGAAAUUUUAGUAAGCGAUAUGGCUAAGAUCUUUUCCUGCAUGAAGCCCAAAGCAUUGAAGUUUGAGAGAAGGGAAUGGGGUCUUCCCAGGGCGACUGAAGAUGACCACCUUUUCCAGCCAGUACCACUUAGCCCUUCAGCAGUCCUUAGCUUGGCACCUGCUCCAACUUCUGGGUCAGCCUCAAGGUGAACUCAGUGAGGUUGGUCUUGACUGUUUGGAGGUACAAUCGGCCUUCCUUUUCCCUUUGCUCUAAGAAGUUCAAAGGCAUUGCAGCCAGAAAGCAAGGUCUGUGGCCCAGAAUCUUGCCCCCAAGAGGCUCCCAAGCCCGCCAGCCACUCCUGACAGGGCUGUUCGAGGUGCAGCCACCCCGUCAACCAACCUACUCCUUCCUUGGAAGAUUUAAAUAUGUUUGAUUGCAAAUGAAUGUUUUAAAAAUGUAUUUAAUGCAAUUUUUUUCUGUUCUCAACAUGACCACCCAAGAUUCAAACAGAGAUUUCCAAGUUGUCAUUUUUCCAGAAUGUUAUUGAUUUAAAAAUCUGUCACAACAGGGACUUGGGUUUUGUGCAGCCAUCAGAAUGCUAAUAUGCAGAAGCCAGUUUAAAGAAAAUAGAGUGUACUGGGGGAAAAGCCUUAUUCAGGCUCACACAUUGACAUCUCUAGUACUGAGAAAAUAUCCUUGGUUGGCAUUUGUAACACAAAACACUAUAGAAUUGGUAUUUUAAAGUACCAGGUAAAUAUAAAUAAACCAAUAAUGAAUUGCUGAGACAAUCUUGAACUUAGAUAGCAUUAGAAAGCUGAAAGCCCAAUGAAAUAACACUUUCACGCUUAAAACUCUGUGGAUAAAUCUUGCCUGUGGCUAUAAACAGAUGGUCAAAGGAAAAGUGCUUUACUAUAAUUGACUUCUCUGAUUUGAAUGAAGGAAAAAUGUAUUUAUUAAAACAAAGCUGUUUGCUGCUUUAGGCAGGUGCAGUGUUCAGUCAGCAAGGAGAGGAGAGGAGUGGACACGGUCUCGUGUCUCCACCCAAGCUCUCAACUAAGCUUCUCGCUCUCUCUAAUACUGCAUUCUGUUUCUCCUUUUGUGCCCUGAUUGUAACCCCAAAUUUAUGAACUAGAAAAGAAUGUCCGAUUUAAUAAGUUGCAUUUUUUUUUCCUUAAGCACUUUAUGUAGAACAAUACAUGUUCUUCCGGUAGUGUUUGAAUAAUAUGAUUUUAACACAUGCUAAUAAAAGCCAAGAAAAAAUGA